AUGAACAAAACAGCUUCACAAAAUGCCGUACAGCCUACACAGACAACGUUGGACAAGCACUGCACAGUUCAGUGCGCGUCAAAUUGCGUGGUUCGGUGUACGUUAAAUUGCGCGUUGAAUUGCAUGUUUAAUUGCACGUCGAGUUGUGUGGUGGGUUGCGCGUUAAAAUGCACGAGUCGGCGCAUGUCGAAUUGCGCAGUGCGAUGCAGCCAAUGUUUUGCGAUUUGCGCGUUAAAUCGUGGUGCGGUGCGUGUGGCGCGGUGCGGUGCAACGCGGUGCAGUGCGGUGCGGCGCGGACACCGAAGCGGUGCACGGCGAUGCUCGGGGGCGCAUUGCACGGGCCCAGGCGUGGAGCAGUGCAGUCCGGGACGACGCGGUGUGCGGUGCACGGUCCAGAACGAAAAGAAAUGA